AAAUGUAAACAAAAACAGCUGACUGUAUGGAGGCCGGCGGGUGACCGGACACAGAAUUUCUUCCUCUCUCCUAAAACUGAGAGUAAUUUUAUUGUUUUGCAGCAGUAUAAAGUAGUGAUAACUAUGCCAGGCCAUUGAGAAACAUCACGUUCUGAAGAGUGAAGUUCCAUCCACAUCGUAGGUGAUAAAUGAAACUGGUCCUUGAAGAUUUCUCAUGAGGGAGGAAGAUGUAUCAGCUGGGAAGACUAACACACCACCUCCUGACUCAGUCCCCAAAGCUGAGGCUGUUCCAAAACCACCACAAGAUAUCAGUGGCAGCAGUCAGGUUUCUCCUCAGCACCAGUAAAGAAGAUGACAUUCCCCACUGCAACGUUGGCACCAUUGGCCACGUGGACCAUGGCAAGACCACUCUGACAGCAGCGAUCACCAAGGUACUGCAAAGAACCGGCCAGUCUAACUUUGUCUCCUACGACGAGAUUGACCGGGCACCUGAGGAAAAGAAGCGGGGAAUCACCAUCAACACAGCACAUGUCUCCUACUCCACCAAUCUGAGGCAUUACGCCCACACGGACUGCCCUGGACACGCAGACUAUGUCAAGAACAUGAUCUCCGGCGCCUCACAAAUGGACGGGGCAAUCCUGGUGGUGGCAGCAAAUGAUGGUCAGAUGCCCCAGACACGCGAGCACCUGCUGCUGGCACGGCAGGCAGGAGUGGAGCGCGUGGUGGUGUUUGUGAACAAGGCUGACCUAGUGGAUGAGGAGUACCUGGAGCUGGUGGAGAUAGAGAUGCGGGAGCUGCUGGACCACUUUGGCUUCGAUGGGACAGACGCUCCCUUUGUGUACGGCUCAGCCCUCCUGGCGCUGGAAGGGGACAAUGGGCCGCUAGGGGAGCAGAGCAUCCACAAGCUACUGGAGGUCAUGGACACCUACCUCACGCCCCCCACCAGGGACCUCACCUCGCCCUUCCUACUGCCUCUUGACAACUACUUCUCUGUGCCAGGACGAGGGUCAGUGGUCACUGGCACUCUGAAGCAGGGGGUGCUGGAGCGCGGUGCUGAUGCUGAGCUGCUGGGCUUUGAUCGCCGCAUCAAGACUGUGGCCACUGAUGUGCAGGUGUUCAGGAAGAAGGUGCAGAGUGCCAGGGCCGGUGAGAAUGUGGGUGUGUUGCUGCGAGGAGUGCGGAUCGAGGCGCUGGCACGGGGCAUGAGUCUGUGUGCUCUGGGCUCCAAGAAGUAUGUCAAUAGGUUUGAGAGCACCAUAUACUUCCUGAGCAGUGGCGAGGGGGGCAGGCGGAGACCCAUCACUUCUGCUUACAUUCAGCAGAUGUUCAGUAACACUUGGAACAUCACCUGCCGGAUUGACUUGCCUGCCGGUGUUGCUAUGAUAAUGCCAGGGGAACACAACACGGUGGAGGUGACUCUACUGCAGCGAAUGGUGUUGUCACUGGGCCAGUCCUUCACCAUCAGGGAGAAUAACGUCACGGUGGCCACAGGAAUGGUGACCCAGCUCCUCCCCAGCGUGACAAUACCGGCCAAGAGAUUAGAUCAGCGUGUGUUCCAGUCACCACAGAGAGCGGUGUGCCGGGGCCUCCACACCCUGCCGCCUGCUAGACUCACCACCACCACCACUGCAGCAUCUUGGGAGAGAGGGAGAGGGACAGGGCCACACCACUGCCGGCAUCUAUGGGGCUGGCUUAACGCUAUCUUCAACAAAGUGGACGAGAACCGUAUUAAGGAGGUGGGGGCUGACCGGGCUUGUGCCGAGUGGCUGCUGCGGUGUGGUGCUGUGGUGCGCUGGCUUGACCGCGACCAAUGGACUAAGGAUUACAAUUCCCUCCCAGCAACAGGCGGUCGGCAUCUGAAAAUUGAGGAGGUGGACGCUACAGAUUCUGCCGUCAUGCACAUUGGCUUCCCUCACUUCAGAGGCUGCAAACACAUUCGUCGCAUCAUCUUCCACCGUUCCACCUACCUUGAAGACGCCGCCCUCAGUCAGCUGCCCCUGCUAAAGACCUCCCUCAAGCAGCUGCAGAUUUCUUCCUGUGGGAACAUCACCACUGAGGGACUGAAAUACAUCAAAGAGCUAGAGAACCUCAACUACCUUCUGCUGUAUGACCUCCCAGAAAUCAAGGACAAGGAGGCUGUGUUGAGGGACAUAGAGGCUGCCCUUCCUGCCUGCACUGUAGUCUUCCCUUAUGCCCAGGCAAAGGACGACCCAAGCCUGGAGGAGGAGGAAAAGCCACCAAAGGGAUAAACAUUAACUAGUGUUCUCUCAGAUGUAAGUAAAUGUCAACUGUGAUGAAUGUAGUUGCUCUGUUUUCUGUGUAAUUUCAGAUCAGGAGUAGAAUUUUGAAGUGUUUAUAUAUUUUACAUUGACAUUGCUAGGCACAACAUAAAAAAAGUGAUCAUAACCAAUAAAUUGAUGAUAAUAUCCUUGCCAGCCAUAACCAACAAGCAGUGACUGGCAGUAAUUCUGUUCCUCAAUAUUGAGGUAACCAAUAAAUCCAAAAUUCUAAUACUAGAAAUAAUGAUGUUGAUAUUUUGCCUUAAAAAAACCCUCAAUAAUUCUGAAACUUUAUUUUUAUCUUUACUGCGGUGAGGUGAGUCACUAGUCUCCACAGUCUCCUGAGCUGCCAUCACUCCCCUAACACUAAUUCAAAACUAUACAAUAGCAUAGCACUACAAAAGCAACAAUUACCAUGGACACCAUAGACAUCACUAUCUUGUUUAGGCAGAUAAGCUUUUCUGUGUUACAAAUUAUGAUUGAAAAUUGCUUUACAUUGUAUUUCUUUGUUAUUAAAUUUAUAAAACCA